CCCACUCCUUGUGCGUACACUCAUUUUUCUCCUGCUCCACAAUUCGAUCUCCUGCUCCAUCGACUCGUCAAUGCAGUGACUUGUCUAAGCGGCUACUCAUUGCAUGAGUCACUAAAGUGGAAUGUGGUGGAAAAUUCUGACUUGUUUAUGGUUUAUUUACUUGUCCAAGCGACCACACAUUGCAUGAGUCACUAAGGUGUAAUAUGCUGGAAAAUACUCUACUUUUGACUUGGUUCAAUUAUCUUUAACAUAUGUCGGGAUACUCUAGAUUUGAUUUUAGUGCUGCUAGUCCAGAGGAAUUAGCUUUCAAAGGGACCGUUCUGAAUGGGCAGAGGGGAAAUUUGAUGAGCGGCAGUUUGGACAGAUCUGGAAGCUUUCUGGAGGGCAAUGAGGGACGGAUGUUUGUUUCUGGUGCUAUUAUGUUCCGGGGAAAUUCCACUUCUGCGUGGGUCUUGCCUCCACUAUCUCAGUGUUUGAUGUUAGAUCCUAUUAGCAUGGGAGAUCAAAAACACAUUCGGUCAGCUGAAUUAAAGAAGGCACUGGGGAUAUCUUGCGGAAGCACCCUUGAAGAUUGUUCUUUUGGAGCAUCUAGUCUGAAGCCUUCCUCUCCAGUGGCUCCUGAGGACCUGAAACGAUUCAAAGCAAGUGUAAUAGAGGCUUCGGUCAAGGCUAGGGGGAGAUCAAAAAGGUUGGAUGAAUCUCUGCACAAGCUAAACAAGUAUUGUGAAGCUUUAAACUCAAAAAAGCAACUUAGGAAUGACAUGUUACCAAAUGAGAGGUUGGGAGGGUUGAACUUGUUAAAGAUGGGAGGUCAGAUUCACCGCAGUGCUUCAGAACUUGUGAAUCAAAGGUUUGAAGACAGGUCCAAGAAUGUCACUCUGAAUAAGCGCUUUCGCACACCAAUAGCUGAAAUACGGGCUGAAGGACAGAAUAAUAACUUGAGGCAGCCUUUGGUCGCUGGUAAAGAUAGAGAUACCCUUAGGGACGGUGCAGAAUGUUGUGAUUUUGUUGAGGAGAAGAUUCGUAGAUUGCCUGCAGGAGAAACUUGGGACAGAAAAAUGAAAAGAAAACGUUCCAUGGGGACUAGUUUUGCCAGAUCUAUUGAUGGGGAAGGAGAAAUGAAAAAGGUUAUGCAUCUCAAGAUAACAAAUGAAUCUGGUCUGCAGUCCUCUGAUACUCAAGGUUUGAGAUCAGGAUCAUCUGGCAAUAAUAGCAAACUUGACCUUUCCUCUCUGCCUGCUAGUUCAAAUGGAUGUGCCACUGCUAAGAAUGAGCAGGAAAAAGUCCAAAGGGAUUCAGUUGAUGGAUCAAAUAAGGAACGGAUUAUCCUGAGAGGAAACAAGUUUAAUGUUCGUGAUAAUAAUCAUAUUAGUGGUGCCUAUCCAUUGACAAAAGGAAAGGCCUCAAGGGCCUCAAGAACUGGUCCCUUAGUGGCUGCCAACUCAUCUAUUGCAUCUCGUUCAUGUGAAGCACUUGAUUCCUGGGAACGAUCUUCAAAGAUGAACAAGCAUCAGUCGGUUUCUGGGAACAGCAACCGCAAGCGACCUUUGCCUACAGGAUCUUCCCCACCCUCUAUGGCCCAAUGGGUUGGACAGAGGCCUCAAAAAAUUUCCCGCACUCGAAGAGUAAAUGUGGUAUCUCCUGUGCUGAAUACUGAUGAAGGACAGAUGCCAUUGGAAUGUUAUUCUCCUUCUGAUGUUAGCACCAGAAUGACUUCCAUUGCUACAAGUGGAUCACUUUUUUCCAAGGGUGCUGCGAACGGCAUCCAACAAGGUAGAGUGAAACAUGAAAAUGGUUCCUUGCCACCCAUGUUAUCUGACAGUGAAGAACCUGAUGCUGUUGAAAGUAAAUUAAAGGAGAAAGGAUUGGAAAGCAGCGAGGCUGAUGAAAAAGCUAGUAAUAAUUCUCAGAAUAUAAAUUCAGUCUUAACUACAAGAAAAAACAAGAUGCCCAGUAAAGAAGAGAUUGGAGAUGGCCUGCGGAGACAAGGAAGGAGUAAUAGGGGAUCAUCAAUAUUGAGGACUAGCUUCUCACCCUCGAAAGAGAAGUUUGAGACUACAACCCUGGCCAAGCCACUUAAAAAUACGAAGCCUAUUUCUGAAAAGAAUGGAGGUAAGUCAGGACGUCCUCCUCUGAAGAAAUCUUCUGAUAGGAAAUCUAUUACUCGCCUUGGGCAUCCAUCAACUGGUGAUUCCCCUGAUUUAUCAGGGGAGUCGGAUGAUGACCGAGAAGAAUUGUUAGAAGCGGCCAAUUUUGCGAGCAAUUCCAGUUAUGCUGGCUGUUCUAGUUCAUUCUGGAAGAAAUUGGAACCAAUUUUCGCUCCUCUCAGCUUGGCAAAUGUAGAUUACUUGAAGCAGCUGGUUAAAUCAAUGGAGGAGGAUCAUGGUUUGUCUCAGACAGUUAGUCUGACAAAUGAUGUCUCGGAUGAACUUUUGCUCAAGAACAACUCUCUGUCACAAUGUCAGAAGGAGAAAAGCAUUUCAAGUCAAAUGAAUUCAAAAGAAAUAUCUUCAAUGAUUGACAUGGAUGGUCAGCAUGUGGAUGGUGGCUUUUUGCAGAGACAAGCAGAUUCAGGGGAAAGCAAAGUUGCACCAUUGUACCAGCGAGUUUUGGCAGCUAUUGUCCUAGAAGAUCAAGUUGAUGAGGCUGAUGAUUCUGUGGAUAUUGAACACAAAUCUGUGAUAGGGGCUGAAUUUGAAUAUCAUUGUGUAUCUAGUACUGAAGUUAGGACUCAAUGUGCUUCAGAUGUGUUACCUUGUAAUGGGAAUAUUGCAUUUACUAAUGGCUUGAACAUCCAUGAUCAAGAACUUGAUGAUCUUUUACCAAUACAUCAGGCACCAUUAAAUUCAGACACUGAAUUGUUCCCAAAGUUAUCUAAAAAUGGUAGCGGUGGAUUACUAGCUGUGAAUAUGGAUUCGUCUUCAUUAUCUUUUAAUUGCCAAUUUGAGAACAUGAGUUUGGAUGAUAAAAUCUUGCUGGAGCUGCAGAGCAUUGGCCUAUAUCCAGAGGCAGUGCCUGAUCUUGCUGAUGGAGACUGUGAACCUAUUGACCAAGAUAUUAUUCAUUUACAGAAAUGUCUUAACCAGCAGGUUUGUAAGAAGAGAGAGUACUUAAUGAACCUUAUUCCAGAAAUGGAGAAAGUCAGGGAAACGGAACAACGAGCCCUUGAGCCGGUUGCUAUGGAGAAACUUGUUGAAUUGGCUUAUAAAAAGAAGCUGGCUACUCGUGGAAGUAGUGCAGCAAGAAAUGGACUUCCGAAGGUAUCAAAGCAAGUUGCCUUGGCUUUUAUGAAGAGAACUCUUGCUAGAUGCAGGAAAUUUGAGGAUACUGGGAGAAGUUGCUUUAUGGAUCCUGUGCUUAAAGAUGUUCUUUUGGCUGCACCUGCUCAUGACAAUUAUGCUGGCUCAGUUGCUGCCAUCAAUCUACCACAAACUCAAAAUUCUGAGGGAGAGGCUAUGCUCUCAGGUUUUACCUCUUGUAGGGAGCAACAUGGUCUUGAAAAUGAUCAAAUCGGCAGUAGUCCAGUGGAUGUAUUUGAGAAUCUAAACCAGCUCUCUGACCAUGAUUUUGCCAGAACAGGACCAAUACUAAACCGAGGGAAGAAAAAGGAACUACUGCUUGAUGAUGUUGGUGCUGCUGCUUCUUUGAGAUCUGUGCCAAUUCUUGGCAAUUCUUUCAUGGGCGGAGCAAAGGGAAAGAGGAGUGAGAGAGAGAAGGACAAAGACCCUUCAGGAAGAAAUUCUGUUGCUAAAACUGGUCGACCCUCUGUAGGUUAUUCUAGGGGUGAGCGUAAAACAAAAGCAAAGCCCAAACAGAAGACAGCUCAACUGUCUGCAUCUGUAAAUGGAUCUCUUGGCAAGUUGCCAGAAAGUACUGAUUCUGAGCACCUGUUCACUCUUGGUUCUGGUGAAGGGAAUGACAAAGGGAACGCCAGAAAAUGUAAAAUGGAGUCUGUUUCUCAUGGCCAUACAUCUAAUAAUUUAUCCAUGGAGCUGGGGCCAAACAUUGACUUUUCUAACUUGCAUGAAUUUGACUCGAUAGAACUGGGUGUAGAUAAUGAACUUAAUGAGCAUCAAGACCUGGGCUCUUGGUUGAACAUUGAUGACGAAAAUUUACAAGAUCAUGAUGCAGUGGGCCUAGACAUACCAAUGGAUGACCUGUCUGAGUUGAAUAUGUUCUAAUGAAGGAGAAUCCAGGACAUAUACAUUCCUAUGGACAGUUUGACUUAUAUAAACGGUGCUGUGUCAGAGGAAGCUGCUAAUAGAAUUUAUACCUCUGAUUAUUUGCACUUGUAAUUAUGCCCAUUCUUUUUGUACACUUCUCUACAAAACCAAAGAGAACCAAAAAAAAAAAAAAGUGUAGUCCUCAAUUGUUCAUAUCAUUCAGGGAUUCCCUCAGGUUGUAACUGCUACAGUUUAAUCAAAAAAGAAAAAAUUUUGAUCAUCUUAUUUCUGUU